CACGGGUGUGUGGAAAGAUUGUCAGGUCAAAUACUUUUCGAGCCGCUAAAUUGUAGACUGUCACUCAUUUAUUUAGAUCAAUAAUCAGAACAACAAUGGGACUCGCACCACUUACUAUAACCGCUAUGCCGACGGCCCUCGCGGUGCGAGCAACCUCUCUCGAUCAUGAUGGAACCCCUCCCGUCGCUGCACUAACUACCGUAUGGACAGCUUCGGAAGGCUGUUUUCCAGUUUCCACUCGUUCUACGACCGAUAUCGAUCUGUUUUGGACGUCACAUACGAAAUGCGCUCCGCCUGGGUAUGCGAGUUACUUCGAAACGUACUAUUACUCACCUGCUAUCUGUCCGAGUGGAUUUACGAUCGGUUGUUCGCGUUACGGCCAGGGUCCACCCGUCGAGUCUACCGAAACUGCUGUGCUUUGUGUCAUGAGCGAUUAUUCCUGCGCCCCAGAUGAAUGGAAUUACUAUGCGACAAACACCGAUUUAUCAUAUGCACAAGUGAUGAUUCAAAUAAGAUGGGCCGAGAGCGACCUUUCCAUCCUAGAGACGCAUCCCUUGACGCCUGGUUUAAUACUCGCGGGAACUUCGGCAGUUCAUAGUGGCACGACGAGGACCGAAUCAUCAUCUAGCGCAACAGUAACGGUAAUAUCGUCAGACUCAGAAGAUGGCGAGAACGGGUUAUCUACCGGUGCUCAAGUUGGAAUUGGUGUCGGUGUCGGCUUGCUUGGUCUUUUGGGUAUUGGAUUGGCGAUCUUCUUCAUCUUGCGAUAUCGUAGAAAGCGAGCGGAUGGCUCAGGUGCCGUCGGGCAGUCGCCGGCUAUGCCACAACCUUCAGCCCACCAGUAUCCACCGAUGUCAGGUCCGGGACAGCAAGGCCAAGGGUAUCCCCAAUCUCCGUAUUCAGGAUACGCAUCAUAUAUCGACCCAAAAACUGGCGCUGUGGUCUAUUACUCUCCCGUCCCCCAGCCUACCGAAUUAGGUGAUACUGCAGUCAGGGGAUCUCACCUAACCCAAAGUCAAGGAACACCUUCUGUAGUGGGGUUCGUGCGCCUACAGGAUCCCACAUUUUCAGGUAAAUCGCCAUCGUCGCAAGCCAGUCCCGGUGUCGAUUUCUCCGCUACUAUACCUCCUGGUGGCCAUAAUUCAGUUACCAGUGCCCCGACAGCCGCCGAGAUGUCUGGAACCGCAGGAAUUUCUAGGUCUGUAGCCGGUACGGAGAGUUCCCAAACACAACAGGAAAUGGCAUAUUUAAUAGCCGAGCAAGCGAAGUUAGAAGCGAGAAGAACGCGGUUGAUGGAGUUGGCAGAACUUGAUGAGGAAGAACAACGAUUACGAACGAGAAUGCAACAAAUUCAACAAAUACAAUAAAUGGGCAAGUUUCGAUGUUGGCGAGCAAGAAAAAAACUCAUAAACGGUGUUUAGCAGGGAUAACCAAGAUGCGCAUUGCAGGU